CCCCAAUGGAUCCGGACAAAGCUAGCCCGUUCCCCUCCACCCUCCCGGAGUCCCCAGGUCAAACACCUCCCGGUACCGCUUUACUGCUGGGUCUGGUCGACUGCAGGAAAACACUGGGGCAGAGUGGAACUGAGAGAGGAGGAGGAGAAGAGAAGGAAGAUGGAGAUUUGAUUUCAUUAAGUGUUCAUGAUCAGAGCUGUUUGAAUGUGACUUACACCCAUCAGAGUAUCUGUUCCUUGAAGGGGUCAACAGUGGACGUUACCUGCACUUAUAGACAUCCCAGCUGGCAUAACGUCACAGAAGUAUCCUGGUUCAACAAAUGGGAGUCUGGAGUUACUGCUGAUCUAAGCCAGGACCCAGAGUAUGCAGGUCGUUUGAAGUACCAUCCAACUACAGACUAAAACUCCACCCUGAGAAUCACAGACCUAAGAGAGAGUGACUCUGCUGAAUACAAGUUUAGAUUUACAACAACUGAGGUAAAAUGAGAUACAGCUUCCCUGGAAUAACUCUGAAUGUCACAGCCCUUUUCAGACUUGCAGGUGAAGGAAACUCCUGCCACAGAGGAAGGGAAGGUAACACUGACCUGUAGCACCACCUGUACGCUAACUGACAACUCCAACCCCACCUACAUCUGGUACAAGAACAGACAACGUCUCACCAACCCAAACACCCAAGAUAACUACCUCUCCCUAGACCAAAUCAGCAGUGAGGAUGCAGGCAGCUACUCGUGUGCUGUAAAAGGCUACGAGAAUCUCCGUUCUCCUGUUACAUUUGUUGGGGAACCAAAGUCUUUGAAGAAUCCAAUUGUAGGAAUCAUAGUUGUUGUUCUAAUUCUCAUAAUCUGUCUCCUUGGGUUCAUGUGGUUCAGAAGGCCUCCAUUAUCCACGUUUGACACACAAGACAGGAGAGACACAGUAGAGAAUGGACAGAGAGACUCUAAUCCAGUGUAUGACAACGUCUCAGGCAUGGCCAUGGCCCCUACUGCAGCACAGAGACCAAUCACAGACGAGCAGGAUGACGUUACCUACGCAAGCAUCCAACACAGAAACCAGGAAGUGCCUCUAUACUCCACCGUCCCACCCCCAGAAACAGGACUAGGAUUUCCAAUAUGCUACUGUGAAAUUCAACAGCCCCAGUGCUGCUCAAUAGACAUUGGGUUGGAUUCAAUCAAAUCAUGGAAACCAACCAGCGUCUGAGAUGGGGAGCGGGAGUAGACUUGACAGUAUCCCCCCCUCUCCAGCCACAGGACAACGCCGGCCAGAAGGAUGGCCCCGAGGGUGAGGAGCGGGCCGGUCCGGAACUGGGAUGAUGUUGUGAUCUUUAAUGUCGUCUACCGGAACCCAAACCGCUCCUCCGGACCGUACCCCUCACAGUCCACUAGGUACUGGAGCCAACCCCCAUGACGUCGGGAGUCCAGGAGGGAUCUGACUGCUUAGGCCGGGCUUCCCUCGAUGUCCAGGGGAGGCAGAGGGGGACGGCAUCAGCCAGGGGACCAGGAACCACCGGCCUGAGGAGGGAAACGUGAAAAGAGGUUGAGAUACAGCAGUUAGUGGGGAGCUGUAAUCGGUAAGUAGCCUCAUUGAUCCCCCUUAGGACUUUGAAUGGUCCCACAAACCGGGGGCUCAGCUUCCGGCAGGGCAGGCGGAGCGGGAGGUUACCGGGCCGCCCCUCUGCUCUAGUGGACCCUGGGUUAGGGCGCACCGGACACCUCUGAAGCUGGUGCCCCUCCUGGCCGCAAUAGGAACAGAGCCCCAGCUGUCUCCGGCGACGCGGAGAGGUGUGUGGCCCCUACCUCCAUUGGUUCAAGCUCUGCCUCAGGACAGCCAAAGGAGGGAGGCGAGUGGCGACAUAAACUUCUAACCUCCCAGAGAAGAUUAUCCAGACAGAUGGCCAUCGAGAUGAGAGCAUCCAAGGAUAUGUUGUCAUCCCGACAUGCCAACUCCGUCUGGACCUUCUUGCGCAGACCAUUCUUGCGGAAUAGAGUGCGGAGCGCCGGCUCAUUCCAUCCGCUGGAGGCCGCCACAGUGUGAAAGGUGAGGGCGUACUCCGCAGCGGUCUGGGCACCCUGCCGGAGCUGGAAAAGUCACUCACCUCCCUCUCUGCCCUCUGGAGGAUGGUCGAAGACCGCCCUGAACAGAUACAUUAACCUCUAAUACGAACCCGGCUCCUCUUCUCUCCCAGACGGCCGUAGCCCACUCCAACGCCCCUCCGGUCAGCAGGGAAAUGACUGUGGCAACCUUGGACCCCUCGGUGGUGGGGACUCCCAUCUGAUAGACGAAAUAGAGGGAGCACUGGAGUAGGACGCCACAGCAUUUCGAUGGAGUAGUGGCAUAUUUCUCCGGAAGGGACAGUCGGGCAUCGCUGACCUGGGUGGACGGCUGGGUAGUCUGGGGGGCUGGCUCACUGUGACAACCUGUGG